CGGAGCGAGCCGAAGGGGGUGGUCGGGGUACGGGGGAGUGAAGUGAAGUGGGCACGAAGUCGGGUUCACGGGUUCAGGGACAGGAGGUAAUUGCGGAGGAGGGAGAAAUGCACGAGACGUUCCAUUUGCUCCCCGAGCCAAGCCUCCCAGAUGUUUGGAACUGUCCCCGGAGUUGUAUCCCUCUACUACCUUCUCUGCCUCCUUCCUUCUGAACGACGCUGAAACCUCAGUCAUGGAAAAGUACCACGUGUUGGAGAUGAUUGGAGAAGGCUCUUUUGGAAGGGUGUACAAGGGUCGAAGAAAAUACAGUGCUCAGGUGGUAGCCUUGAAAUUUAUUCCAAAAUUGGGGCGCUCAGAGAAGGAGCUGAGGAACCUGCAACGAGAGAUCGAAAUCAUGCGGGGUCUGCGGCACCCCAACAUUGUACACAUGCUCGACAGCUUCGAGACGGACAAAGAGGUGGUGGUGGUGACAGACUAUGCUGAGGGCGAACUCUUUCAGAUCCUGGAGGAUGAUGGGAAACUUCCUGAAGAACAGGUCCAGGCCAUCGCUGCCCAGUUGGUAUCAGCCCUGUACUAUCUGCAUUCCCACCGCAUUCUCCACCGAGACAUGAAGCCCCAGAACAUCCUUCUUGCCAAGGGAGGCGACAUCAAGCUCUGUGACUUUGGAUUCGCCCGUGCUAUGAGCACCAACACCAUGGUGCUGACCUCCAUCAAAGGCACCCCACUCUAUAUGUCUCCAGAGCUGGUGGAGGAACGGCCAUAUGACCACACCGCAGACCUCUGGUCCGUGGGCUGCAUACUCUAUGAACUGGCUGUCGGCACCCCUCCCUUCUACACCACCAGCAUCUUCCAGCUGGUCAGCCUCAUCCUCAGAGACCCUGUGCGCUGGCCCUCCACCAUUAGUCCCUGCUUCAAGAACUUUCUGCAGGGACUACUCACCAAAGACCCCCGGCAGCGCCUGUCCUGGCCAGACCUCUUACAUCACCCCUUUAUUGCUGGCCGUGUAACCAUAAUAACCGAGCCGGGAGGCCCUGACUCGGGUACCCCAUUCACCAGUCGCCUGCCUCAGGAACUUCAGGUUCUGAAGGACCAGCAGGCCCACCAGCUGGCCCCUAAGGGCAGUCGGGCUCACAUCUUGCAGAAAGCCUGUAAGCGCAUGGCUGAGGAAGCCAGGCAGAAACGUCAGAACACAGGGAUCACCCCUGAGCAAGAGGACAGGAGCAGCAAGGUGGCUUCCAGCACAGCCCCUCCACCCAGACUCAGGGCCACACCUCAAGAACCAGACCUCUUAUCUAGCACCUUGGUCUCAGAAGCAAAAGGCAGCUGGGUUGAAUCGGGGGCUAGAGAGGCCCCCCCUGCACCUGGGCUAAACCACACACCCCAGGAUGGUGAAGGAGCAUUUCCUGAGCUGAGGCCUGAGGGAGUGGGCCAGAAGAGCAUCGAAGCCGUGGACCUAGAGAAUGAGGAGCCAGAUAGUGAUGAUGAGUGGCAGAACCUUCUGGAGACUUCAGACCCCACACUGGUCCAGCUAAAGGCCCCUCUCACCCUACUUUGCAAUCCUGACUUCUGCCAGCGCAUCCAGAGUCAGCUGCAGGAGACUGGAACACAGAUCCUGAAGGGCGUGCUGGAGGGCGCCUCCCGUAUCCUCCCUGCGCUCCGGGUCCUGAGCAGUCUUCUGUCUGCCUGCGGUGAUUCUGUCCUCUUGUAUCCUUUCUGCCGUGAGGCUGGGCUGCCUGGGCUGCCUCUCAGCCUCCUCAAGCACAGCCAGGAGCACAGCGCCAUCCAGCAGCAAUGUUGGUAUGGCACCUUCCUACGGGACCUGAUCUCUGUGAUUCAAGCCUACUUUGCCUGUACCUUCAAUCUGGAGAGGAACCACACAGGUGACAGCCUACAGGUAUUUCAAGAAGCCUCCAACCUCUUUCUGGACCUGUUGGGCAAACUUCUGGCCCAACCAGAUGACUCUGAGCAGAUCUUGCGACGGGACAGCCUUAUGUGCUUCACUGUUCUGUGUGAGACCGUGGAUGGCAACAGCCGAGCCAUCUCCAGAGCCUUCUACUCUAGCCUGUUGACCACACAGUGUGCUGUGCUGGAUGGGCUCCUUCACGGCUUGACGCUUCCCCAGCUCCCUUUCCACACCCCUCCAGGAGCCCCCCAAGUGAGCCAGCCACUGCGGGAGCAAAGUGAGGAUCUCCCUGGAGCCAUUUCCUCUGCCCUGGCAGCCGUGUGCACGGCCCACGUAGGGCUGCCUGCUUGCUUGGAAGCCAAGGAGCAGGUCACUCGGCACGUGGCAGAUCAGCUCACAGAACACAGCAGCCAGCUGAGGCAGGCCUUCAUCUCGGGCUUACAGCACCCCGUCCUGUAUCUGCACCUCCUCAAGGUUCUCUACUCCUGCUGCCACAUCAGUGACCACCUUUGCCAUCUUCUGGGACAAGAGCCCACUGCCAUGGAGUCCCUGUUGAUGUUCAUUCAAGGCAAGUUUCUUUUUCAGAUAAAAGUAGUGGAUUGGGAAGAAUCCACUGAGGUGACACUCCACCUCCUCUCCCUUCUUGUCCUUCGGCUCCAAGAUCUGCCUUCUGGAAUGGAGAAGCUAGGUGGUGAGAUUGCUACCCUCUUUACCCAUUCCCACGUCGUCUCUCUUGUGAAUGCUGCAGCCUGUCUGCUGGGACAGCUUGGCCAUCGAGGGGUGACAUUCGACCUCCGGCCUACAGAGUGGAUGGCUGCGACCAUGCAUGCCCUAUCUGCCCCUGCAGAGGUCCGUCUGACUCCACCUGGAGGCUGUGGCUUCUACGAUGGCCUCCUUAUCCUCCUGCUGCAGCUCCUCACCAAAGAACAGCAGGGCCAAGGCAGCCUGAUAAGGGACGUGGUUAGUUCUGAAAUGUGGACCAUUCUGUGGCACCGAUUCUCCUUGGCGCUUCGUCUCCAUGAGGAGGUGUCCACACAGGCGGAGGGACCACCUGUCCAAGCUCCCCACAGCCCAGAGCCAGACUGGAUGCUUAUCUCACCUCAAGGCAUGGCAGCCCUGCUGAGCCUGGCUGUGGUCACCUUCACCCAGGAGCCCCAGUUGUGUCUGAACCACCUGUGUCAGCGUGGAAGUCUCCUCAUGGCCAACCUGAAGCGUCUUCUGGCCCCCGGCUUCCUGCAGCAGCUGGGCCGGGCGCCUCAUGGGUUGGAGGUGUUUCCCGUGGUGGUACUCUCUGUCUGCCAACUCCUCUGCUUCCCCUUUGCCCUGGAUGUGGAUGCUGAAGUCCUUAUACGGGUCCUAGCUGAGCUCACGGACUCUGAAGUCUCAGGCCACCUGCUGCAGGCCUGCUGCCACCACCUUCCGUUGCCGCAAGCAGAGCUGCCCAUCAGUCUCCUCACACGCCUGGCCCUGUCAGACUCGACCUCUCUCACUCAGUUUGUGAACACCGUGGCUGCCUCCCCAAAAAACAUCAUUUCAUUCCUCUCUGUUGCUCUGCUGAGUGACCAGCCGCUGCUGACCUCUGACGUCCUCUCCCUGCUGGCCCACGUGGCACGGGUACUGUCGCCCAGCCACCUGACCUUUAUCCAGGAGCUCCUGGCUGGCACCGAUGAAUCCUAUCGGCCCCUGCGCAGCCUCCUGGGGCAUCCGGAUAAUUGUGUGCGAGCCCGCAUGUACGGGCUCCUGGGACACCUGCUCCAACACAGUGUAGCCCUGCGAGGGGCGCUGCAGAGCCAGGCCAGCCUGCUCAGCCUCCUGCUGCUGGGGCUUGGGGACAAGGACCCUGCUGUGCGGCGUAGCGCCAGCUUCGCUGUGGGCAAUGCAACCUACCAGGCUGGUCCCCUGGGACCUGCCCUGGCGGCUGCGGUGCCCAGCAUGACCCAGCUGCUUGGGGAUCCUCAGGCUGGCACCCGACGCAAUGCUGUGACCGCUCUGGGCAACCUGGGGCCUGAGGGGCUGGGAGAACAGUUGAUACAGUGCCAGGUGCCCCAGAGGCUGCUCGAGAUGGCAUGCGGAGACCCCCAGCUUAACGUGAAGGAGGCCGCCCUCAUUGCUCUCCGGAGCCUCCGGCAGGAGCCCUGCAUCCAUCAGGUGCUGGUGUCCCUGGGUGCCAGCGAGAAGCUCUCCUUGCUUUCUCUGGGGAAUCAGUUACCACCACACAGCAGCCCCAGGCCUGCGUCUGCCAAACACUGCAGGAAGCUUAUCCGCCUCCUGAGGCCACCCCCCAGCACGUGAGCCUGUUACGGCCCCACCUCCAGCCACCAUUGUCAUCCAGCCAUCAUUGUCCUAUUAUUGCCAAGUCUUCCUUUUUCUACCACACAACUCACCCAUGAGCUAACAAGACUGAAAAAGAGAGAGAAACUGCCAACUCAACUGAUUGGAGAGCGAGAAGCCAGAAGGGAUUUAUGUCUAAAGCACCUUCCCUCCCCCCAGAUCCAGGAUGCUAUCAGCCAGUAAACUUCAUUCUUGUUGGUGCCAGAGAAGAUUCCUUCCUUCUCGACAUCCAGGGGCCUGCUCCCCAAUAAUGUGCCUUUAACGCCAGGAGCUGUGCUUCCUGAACCUUAGGGAAACACCUUCCUGAAUGCUCGCUUCCUUCUGGAAGCUCCUACAGUCCUCCCAGCAGGCUUUUGCUCUAGGUGCCCUAAGCGCCAGGCACUGGUGAAGACAGAGGCUGUGUUAACUCUCACCAGUGGGCAGAACCACCACUAGUCCUGGUUGUGGAGGGUUCCCUGGCUCAGAGCCCUCAUCCCCACCCAUGGCUGCGGGGUGGGGAGUGUAGCUGUCUUUUGCAGUUUGUUUGUAAACCAUUUUAAUAAAAUGUGAGCCUUGCCUUACAUGGUCAGGGCUUGGGAGCAGCUCUUU